AUGGCCGAUGGCUACAAGAAUGCCCAGUUCCCCAAGCUCAAGGCCGCCCCAGGCGAGACCAUUGCUAUUCGCUACUUGGAGAACGGCCACGUGACUGGGCCAGACCUUAUGAAGCCCAAGAAUCGAGGCACAGUCUACAUCUACGCGACGACAGAGCCCAGGGACGGUCAGGCCAUUCAGGAUGUCCACCAGAAGUGGACGGCCGACGGCCAGGGUGGUGACAAGAAGGGUCGCCUUUUGGCUAAGCGCAACUACGACGAUGAACGCUGCUUUGAGGGUAAGAACAACAAACCAGAGAGCAACAGGAGACAGGCGCUGCCAGGGUUCACCCAGCCCGGCAAGGACUCGGACAUUCACAACUGGUGUCAGAACGACAUCAAGCUGCCUGCGGAUAUCACAAAGGGCGACUUGACUAUCUACUGGGUCUGGGACUUUAGUAUCACGGACAAGGAAAACACUGCACUGACCAGCGAUAACCUCAACGGUGCCAAGGUCGUGUCCAAGGAGUUUUACAGCUCUUGCAUGGAGAUUACACUCGACGAUAAGAUCAAGUCGAAUGAGCCUUUCAAGUUUGACGACAAGCAGAACCUCAAGAACGCUGCCGACCCCAAACAGCUGACGAUGGGCCUGCCCGACGGUGCUCCCAAGGGAGGAGCCGCUCCACCUAAGCCCAAGGAGGACGACAAGAAGGAUGACAAGCCAAAAGACCCUCCCAAGGAUAACAAGCCUAAGGAUCCUCCCCCUCCCCCCAAGGAUGACAAGCCCAAGGAAUCUCCCAAAGACGCUCCCCCCAAGACGAACCCGCCCGCUGCCGCUCCGACCAACCCACCGGGCGCAGUGCCUACGACUUUUGAGAAGCAGGUCAAGACUGUGACUGUCACCCAGGGCGCGACCACCGUCACCGUCACGGCUGCCAAUGGCGCCGCACCCACUCCUCCCCCGGCAGCUCCCGCAACUCCUAACAAGGAUGCUCCCAAAGAAGCUCCCAAAGAAGCUCCCAAAGAAACUCCCAAGGACGCUCCCAAGGAUGCUCCCAAGGAUGCUCCUAAGGACGCCCCGGCAGCUCCCGCAACCCCUAACACCGAUGCCCCCAAAGACGCUCCCAAGGAGAACAACAAGCCUGUGUUUUGCUCUUUUAAACGUUUGUCGCUCUCUAAACAGUGA